GGGAACAUGGCUGAAGAAAGAAUUGAUGUGGACCAUAAAGUGGAAUAUGGAGUGGGAAUAAACACUUCGCGUACUUUUGUGUUCUAUAAUGAAGGCCAUACGCUUGGGAACCCUAUCCGAACCAUUAUGAUGCAGCAGGAAGGAGUCGAGUUCUGUGGUUAUUCGGUGCCUCAUCCUGUCGAAGCCAAGAUGCAUCUCCGUGUGCAAACUACAGGAGAAAAUGCGACGGAGGCUUUGAUCAAGGGUCUGCGUACGUUUGAGCAUAUCUGCGAUGUGAUUGGCGAUCGAUAUGAGAAGGCCUUGAAUUAGUUUUUCUGUUCUGUCGUUUAU